AUGGGCUUGCUCCAAUCUGAUACCUACAUAGAAGACACACUUGUUGAAGCCAGUGCAUUUCACAUGCCUUGUUCACUUAGAGCCUUGUUUGCAAUGUUACUUGUUUUUUGUACUCCUUCCAAUCCUAUUAGUUUAUGGGAGAAAUAUGAGGCUGACUUAUCCAAUGAUUUAGAAAGAACAGGCUUUACUAAUGGCUAUGAUUCUGCUUUUAUUAGGAGAUGUGUGCUGCAGGACAUAAAUAGAUCAUUGGAGCAGAUGGAGGAUGAUUUGCUAACAGUUUCUCAACUGAACACUGGUCAGAAAGUUGCAUAUAAUGCUAUUAUGUCAGAAAUCUUUUGGCCUGAUAGCAAGAGCUUCUUUGUCGAUGGGCCUAGAGGAACAGGCAAAACCUUUUUGUAUCGUGCCCUGCUUGCUACGUUGCGGACACAGGGUCAUAUAGCAUUAGCGGUUGCAUCAUUCGGUGUAGCAGCAUCUAUUCUUCUUACAGGAAGAACUGCAUACUCACGAUUUAAAAUUCCUCUUGAUGCAUCAAUUGCUAAGACUUGCCAGAUUAGUAAGCAGAGCUCGACUGCUAAACUGAUUUUUAUGGCCAAGUUAAUCCUAUGGGACGAAGCUUCAAUGGCAAAGCGAGAAACCAUUGAAGCAUUUGAUCUGCUCCUUAAAGAUAUCAUGGAUAGUGAUAAGCCGUUUGAUGGUAAAGUCAUGGUUUUUGGCAGCGACUUUCGUCAGACUCUCCCGGUUAUUCAAAAUGCAACGAGGGAUAUUCAGGUUCAAGCCAGCUUUGUCAACUCUACUUUGUGGGGUAGUUUACAAAAAGUUUCUCUAAUAGAGAAUAUGCGGGCUUUUCUGGAUAAAUCAUUUUCAGAAUUUCUUCUUAGAGUAGGAGAAGGAACUGAACUGGAGAAUGAAGAUGGGCGAAUAUCUCUAAGCAAUGACAUAUUAGUACCAUAUGAUAACAAGGAUAGUUCUCUUGAUAGGUUAAUAGAAUCAGUGUUUUCAGACUUGCGGAUUUAUUCCUUGGAUCCCUAUCUAAUGAUAAAUAGGUGUAUCCUCUCCGUAAUGAAUAGUGCAGUUGAUGAUGUAAACCAGAUGAUAAUUGAUCGGUUUCCAGGUCAACCUUAUACUUAUAUGAGCACUGAUAGAACACUUAAUGAGCAAGAUCAAGGAGAUUACGAAGAUUUUCUUAAUUCUUUGAAUCCAAAAGGCCUCCCUCUCAUAAAUUAA